AAGAUAUCGAUAUCGAAUAAACAUCGAGACUUGGGGAAAAAAUAAACUACAACAAAACCAUUAAUUAAACUAGGAAAGCGCAGCGUUACAUCAAUUGAGGCAGCUGAAGUUGGAUCAUCGUCGUAACCGGAAGUCUUGAGAUCAGGCCUCUGGAGACGGCAGACUAGGAAACGUUCAGAAAUCGCACAUCAUAGACCACAACUAAGAGAAAUUGAAGCCCCGGCAGCGGAAUCUCGCCCAGAAACAGAUCAUCCCGAAAUAAAGCGAAAUAGUUACGGUUCCGGCCUGCAAAUGCCAGCAGAAGAGCGGCCACAGUGAGGCCUCCCUCGCGCGAACCUCGCCAGUCUUUCGCACAGAGCAUGGAAAGCACGGACAGCAGCGACAGCAGUGGGGACAGUUUAAAAUCCAUUCCCCGACCGGACUUCGAGGCCCUCUCCGCCAUCGACAGCCCCCAACCGCAGUUGCAGUUGCAGAGCUCCUCGCUGGAUGGCCACAUCGAAAUGGAAUCGGUUACCGUGCCCAGCAAACGUCAGAAGUAUGUGGUCAGCGCUCCGCCGGGAUCGGCCAACGGCAGCAGCCACUCCUCCAGCUCGAGUCCCUCGAACACCAACGUGGGCUUCCUCACCAUGAAGUUGACGAAGGUGCAGUCCUCCACGCCCAACAACAAGGCCAAGGUGGCCAAGGAAAUGCUUGCUCUGCAGCGCUCGCACAUCGAAUCCGAGGUCCUCAGCAACUUUGUGACCGAGGUCUCGAAGUUUAAGCGCCGCAAGUCGCGCAACACUCCCGGUAAUCUCGCCACUCAGGCAUCAGGUGGAGAGCUGUCCCGCAGCUUGAAUGCCACCACCGAUCACAAUCAAAAAUCUCUCAAGAUGGCCCUUAAGCGGAGCAAGAGCAUUCCCGCUCCCAUCCUGGACUCGGACGACGACUGGCAGGACGAGGAAAUCGACAUUGGCACUAAGAGCUGCAGACCGCGAGGACGCUCGAUGGCCUGUGACGAUAGCGAGCGACUUGCCGAGCUGAAUGUGGAGGACAGCAUCAGCGAUCCUCCGGAGCCAGGGCUAACCCGCUGCCGGUCCCGCAGCAAAACCCUAUCCCUGAGCAACAGUUGGAGCAACGAGGAGAAGGCACCGAGGCGGGGAAACCUGCGCAGCGAGAACGAGGAGUUCGCCAAGAAGCACAACGCUUUCUUGGAUCGCAUUAUCCAUGAUGACCAGGAAUCGGAGCUGGCGCAGCACACCUCUGUCGAGGGCGACCCGGAUAUUGAGUGGCCCGUCGGUGAGCUGGAGGCGCAGAGCUCGCUCUUCUCGGAUGCCAGCGACUCAAAAAUGGCCUCGGCGAAAACUCAGGAGGAGGAGGCGGCCGAACGGCUAGUUCUCAUGUAUGAGGAGCCACCCACGCCUGGAUGGGACCCCUUUUGCUGGAAGUGUCGGCAGUGCGGCAAGUUGAUGGCCUGCUCCAAGUGUCUGCGCUCCUUCCACACCUACUGCGUGCGACCCGCCACCACCAAGUUCGACUCCUCCUGGAAGUGCCCCGAGUGUCAGGUGAUCGAGGCAGCGCCCAAGAGGCUGCGGCGCAAUGGAGUUUCCGUGGAUCUUCUGAGCCAGCUGCUUUCCUUCGCCCUGGACCGCAUGAAGCAUGUGCGCGGGGCCCACAAAUUGCGUUCGCCGCAAGAGGUCUUCCCGCUGACGUACAAGAAGUACUUUGUGAACCCGGUGAGCUUCGAGAGCCUGGCGCAGUGCAUCCGUGAUGGGGCUUAUCAAAGCACAGAGGAGUUCCUCGGCGAGGUGAAGUGGAUGCAGCACAACGCACUCAUCCUGGACGCCGGGGAUGCGAAAGUGGAACAGGCCUCGAAGGCUCUGGUAAAAGUGUGCCGGCAGGAGGCCAACGAAAUCGACACAUGCCCUGAAUGCUACCUGAACGCCAACUCCAGCGACGAGUGGUUCGUGAAGGUGUGCCGGCAUCCGCAUCUACUGCUCUGGGCCAAGCUGAAGGGUUUUCCCUACUGGCCCGCCAAGGCAAUGGGCUCAACCAACGCAGCGCUGGUGAAUGUGCGCUUCUUUGGCAAACAUGACCGAGCUUUCGUGCCCGUAAAGGACUGCUUUCUCUACUCGGCUCAAAAUCCAAACACGCAAACCAGUCGGAGAUCAGCAAGAGAUCUAGCGGAAUGCGUCCGGGAGGUGGAAGUUCACAUCGAGCAGAUCAAGCGAAAGAUUGGCGCGUUCAAUUACGCCGCUUUCCGCACCGCUUACGAUCCACUGGAGGAACAACAACAGCUGGAGCAGAUGAUGCCUGGCGUGUACGCGGCCAUCGAUAGGGAACUUGAGCCGGCCAACAAGACACCGCUUCAGUUCCUCAUCCGAAAGACGGCCGAUGAUAAGCUGUCCAUAGUGAAGAAGACGAAGGCCACGGAAUCGGGCAACGAAUCAGAUCAAUCGCCCAGCCCCACAAAAAAGCUUCCGGAGGUGGAUAUCGUCGCGGUGGCGGGGUCCGGAUCCAGCGAUCACUCCAAGCUCAAGAGCAACAACUAUGAAGUUAUAUCCAGAUCUGGAGAAUCCCUGACCGACUCACGGUGCAAGGUGUUGCUCAAAAGAAAAUCCCUGGCUGCCAAGAUAGUUUCAGCAUCCGUAGAAGCCCCAGAGGUGGUGGCCCCAAAACGAAAACAUUCCCAGAGUGAUGCCAGCUUCACCAGCGAGUCCAGCGACCACAAACGCAAGUCAAAGCAUUCAAGAAAACAACCGGAGCAGGAUAAACAAUGUGAUGGUCAAGGAAAAGCAGCUAUAGAACCUACAAAAUCUCCAAAACCUAUUCCGCAUGAGGAAAAAUCACAAGAUACAGAGAUGGUCAAAGAAACUCCUGCCAGGGAGACUUCCACUUCAUCUCCUGGAGCUUCAGCCUCCGUAAUUUCUGUGGUGGAGUUGGUCAAACGUCGCCAGGGCGUGACUAUCACAAAGAUACCACGCGAACAGCAACAAGCGGCAGCUGCUGAAGACCUGCCUCCUGCUCCUGCUCCCCCUCCGACAGCUCCUCUUCCGACAUCGGCUACCAAACAAAAUGCACCAAAACGCAGUGAAGCAGCAAACCCAAAACAAUCCGAGGUGGAGAGACAGCAGCAACAACUUAUCAAGAAAGUUAUUCCAUUUAUAGAAAUUAAAACUGAAGUAAUGUCAGAACCAGAAGAUGAGGAAAUGGCGGUGAGACCAACGUCAAAUGAACCGCUAGUUGAACAACUUCCUUUGCAACAGGAGCAACAGGAAUCAAUUGCGGCUCUGCCGGAAUCUCAGCUGCCAGCUCAUGUGGCGGCUCCGCUACCCAAUCCGGUGGAGCAUCCACCUCCAGAGGAAGUCAGAAUCAAGGAGGAGAUUCUGAGCGAGGAUGAAAUGGAAACUGAUCAGAUCAGUGUUAGCCAGAGGUUUGAAUCAAUGCCACCCAUGCCACUGCCUAUGCCUCCGCCUCCUCUGCCGCCACGAGAGGAAACACCCGCAACAGAUGACCUGGUUCGAUUUGUGGGCGAUACCACUAUACAAAGGGUGAACCAGAAGCAGUCGUUAAGGUCCGCGGAUUUAGCGGGAAAACGUAAGGGAGUUCAACAAGUUCCCCCACAAACUGUACCACAGACAUCCUCUCCAGUUCACUCGCCUGUCCAGUCAGCGGCACCCUCACCUUCGGCAUCACCCAAGCAAAGUAGCACUUUUGUGGUCGCCAAACCAGUACCACCACAACCCAAGGGAAAGUCCCCGUCACAACAACAAUUCCGGACAAAGAACGAUCGUACGUUAGCUUCCCCACCGGGCACUACAGCACCGGCCACAACCACUUCGUCUUUGUUGAGAUCAAACAUGGUGGUAAUUCCCGUGGAGCAGCCUAGCAGCAGCAAUCUACACAGUCCCAUGACUAUCCCGGUUCCACCACUGAGGGCCGUUUCCAAGAGCACGUUACAAAAUACAUCCACGCUACCAACACCGCCUUCCGUUCCAUUGAGCUGCCAACACAGCAGCUCCAUAUCUAUGCCUCCACCUCUAGCCGGUUUGAGUGUUCCCCAAAUGUCCAUCCACACAUCACAAGAAGGCACCGCCACAAUCAAUGGAGAGCCCGUAGGUCUUUUGGCUAGCGCGUUGAAUGGUUUGACAGGCGAUAACGUACCCAAUGAGUCCAUCUCCAAUGAUCCCAUAACGCCGGGCUUGGCCACGGCUUGGAGUGAGAUGCUUCUGCGGUCAGGCGUACCAAAACUGGUGGCUCGACCCUGCGGUCCUCUCCGAUCGGAUGGAUCGCAAAUCUAUCCUUCACAAGCAGGACCCGUCUCGCAAAAACUCAAGGAAAACGCACACAAGAUCACCGACUACUUCAUCUCCGUCAUCGAGGACACGCUCAGCGACAUGGCUACUGGGGACCAGAGUGUCCUCCAAGCACGAAUCGCCGGCCUGUCGCUGGAGAACGAGCGCCUGAAGCAGCACUACGAACGCCAGAUAAACGACGUGCAUCGCACAAGCGAGCUGAUGAUCGCCGAGAUGCGCAAGACAUUGGAGCAGGAUCACAAGCGCGUGAUCAGCGAUCUGCGUCAGCAAAACGCCAUCGAGCAGAUGCGGGCGGUGGAAGAGGCGAAGAAGAAGCAGUGGUGCGCGAAUUGCAUGCGUGAGGCCCAGUUGUACUGCUGCUGGAACACCUCCUACUGCGACUAUCCCUGUCAACAGCUGCACUGGCCCAGACACUCUGCCACCUGUGGCCAGGCUGUGCCACCCACCCCAGUUCCACCUACAGCUUCGGUACCGGUUAUAGAACCCGGGCGAUCUAAAUCUAAAGUGGCGAUGCCUACGGCGACACCACCAAUCACCAGUCCCAGUCCCAGCUCACAGAUAAUUCGGACGGCCGCCGCCUGUCCACCUGCAACAUCUGUGGCUAGCGCACAAAGCUCAAAGAAGUGGCCGCCUAUGAUGACGUUGCUCAACCAACCAAAUCAAGAGGCAGUGCUUAAGCUGCCAGCAACCACAUAUUUAAGGCCAGUGGUCAGCACCACGAUGACGGCUACGGUAACGGCCCCGGCAUCUGCUAAUAACAACAGCAUGAACGCAGUAAUGACACCCACACCAUCAACUGGAAACCACCUUUCCAAUCUCAUUUCCGCGCAGCGAAAUCCCCCCAUUAACCCCAAGCCCGCCAAUCAAACGAUGCCUAUACAGCGCUUUAAUAUACCUUUACCCAUCACCGUGAAUACUAACGCGCCCUUUAUGAUCGCAGAGCAGCAUCAGAAGCAGGUACCAAAGGCUACAGGUCGCAGUUCUGGUAAAAACAAUAGCCGGAUGCGCCAAAUGUACGGAAACAAUAUCAACAACAGUAAUCCGCAGGGUAUGCGUGGCAACAACAACCCGCAAGCUAUGCGCCAAAAUCAAAUGAAUCAACAAGUGUUCCAGCCAUAAACCGUGAACGACUAGCAUCAAAAGCGUGCGGGUGUUCCACCUGGAAAGACUGCCUGUUAGCAGGAAAUAAUUUCUUUGAUAUUCCGGAGAAACUCAGAAACAUUGAAUAGUUCGUUCACUCUACUACCACAUAUAUUUGAUCCAAA